UAUUUAUAACCCCAAAAGCAAAAUACAUAUCUAAUCACCUGUUUCUCACCGCAUUUCCAGCGUCAACUCUACUCGACGACAACUAUAAAACCUAAGUCCACCUAGUACUCUCCUUACCAAUUCCAACGAUCACUCUCCCUCUAUCUCUAUUUCCUCACACAAACCAAAAAAAGAUCAAAAGAAAAUGGCCCUUAUGAAGCUACUCGUGACCAUCGCAAUAACAACCGCAAUCACAAUCACACUCAUCACCACAAGAACCACCACCACCGUGGAAUAUACGAGCUCUGAUGCACCGGGUACGCAGACUAUAAGGCCGAGCAGGUUCUUGGCUCAGAAGGAGGUAGGCGAGCGAAACCCCAACGCGGUGGACCAUUGCAACAAGGAUCCUAAGAUAUGUAGCCUCUACGGAGGCGGAGGAAGCAACUCGACAACAGUGACAUGCUGCAACAACAAAUGCAUAGACGUGGGCAGUGACGACAAGAACUGUGGGGCGUGUAAGAACAAGUGCAAGUUCUCACAGACGUGUUGUCGCGGUCAAUGCGUUUACUUGUCUUACGACAAACGCCAUUGUGGACAAUGUAACCAUCCGUGUAAGAUGAACGAGUUCUGCGUCUACGGUCUCUGUAACUACGCGUGA